GAGAGCGGAUAUAGUGAAUGCAGGGUCUGGGGAGAGCGGAUAUAGUGAAUGCAGGGUCCAGGGAGAGCGGAUAUAGUGAAUGCAGGGAUCCGGAGAGACCAGAUAUAGUGAAUGCAGGGUCUGGGGAUACCAGAUAUAGUGAAUGCAGGGUCUGGGGAGACCAGAUAUAGUGAAUGCGGGGUCCGGGGAGACCGGAUAUAGGGAAUGCAGGGUCCGGGGAGACCGGAUAUAGGGAAUGCAGGGUCCGGGGAGACCGGAUAUGGGGAAUGCGGGGUCCGGGGGAGAGCGGACAUGGGGAAUGCGGGGUCCGGGGGAGAGCGGACAUGGGGAAUGCGGGGUCCGGGGGAGAGCGGACAUGGGGAAUGCGGGGUCCGGGGGAG